AUGUCGUGGCAGUGUGGUGAUGAUGUAGUGAAGAACCAGCACACGGCUGUGUCGCGUGCCGCCAUGCUGACCCUGGCCCAAAUGUACACCAAACUGGGCCAGAGCAUGGACGCGGAGGCGCCGGGCACGGCGCGCGUGCUGCUGCAGAAGGCCGGAGAUGCCAACCGCAUCAUCAGAGACGACGUGGAGAGGGCCCUCAGCCACAUGGUGCUCAGCGUGUCACCCGAAAGCAGCGUGGCCGCCCUCGUCAGCACCGGCCUCAAGCACCGCUGUUCAGCUGUGAGAGCGUGCGCCGCCAAUCACCUGUGGAUGGUGUCUGAGUGCGAGGACGCUAACCGCCUGCUGUCCAUGAGGAAGGACCUGAGCGAGCGCUUCGUCCAUGCCAUCUGCAGCAUGGCCCUCGACCCGGCACGGGAAGUCAGAGCUCAUGCCGGUAAAACUCUGGCCAACCUGGCUAUGCACCCCAAACUCAUCAGCUUGGUGGAGAAAUGUGCCCCCAAGAAUGACCAGACUGCCAUCAAAAACAUCAUCAGCAAAUACCAGCACAGUAAUGUGCUCUGAGGAACACUUCACAGACAUAAAAGGAGCACAACCAAACCAACUCCAGUAUACGUAACACUUCACACAAGAGGCUCCUCAAAUCAACAUCUGAAUUCUUCCAACAUGUGAUUUACAAUGGAGUGUUCUAUGGCAGUCACACACACACACACACACACACACACACACACACAAAAACAGACCCACAAAUAAACACACAAACACACACACGCACACAAAAUCACACAGAUGCACGCUGUCGUGCAUACAUAAACAUAAACAUAUACAUAAAGACACAAAUACACAUGCGCUUGUGCGGGCCCAGACUCACACGCACACUGACACUGACACACAUAUACGCACAGGUGCACACACACACACAAACACACUGGUGCACAGCUGCACCCACACAUACACACAGAUACACUAUACUGCCGAACAUAUUCGCUAACCUGCAUUGACUCACACAUGAAGUUAAGUGCUACCCCAUUCCUAAUCCCUAGGGGUCAGUAUGACGUCGCUCCACCUUUUGCAGCUAUUACACCCUCAGCUCUUCUCUUCCCUCCUCCUCUUCGCAAAAUUGAGCAGUGUGCUUAUAGGAUUUUUUGACCAUUUUUCCAAAAGUGUAUUGGUGAGGCCACACACUGAUAUUUGUCAAACGUAUUCGCAAUCUCUAGACUCGUCCACUGGAGUGAUGAAUCCCUCUUUUACAUCUGGCAACCUGAUGGAUGACCUGGAUUUGAAGGUUGCCAGGAGAACAACAUAUUUCAGACCGCAUUGUGCAGAGUAUGAAAUUUGGUAGUGGAGAACUAAUAGUGUGGGGUUGUCUUUCAAGCUUCAGGCUUGGCCCCUUAGUCCCACUAAGAGGAACUUUGAAUGCUUCAGGAUAGCAAAAUAUUUUUAUCAAAAGUGUAUUGGCGAAGCCACGCACUGAUAUUUGUCAAAAGUAUUCGCAACCUCUAGAAUCGUCCACUGGAGUGAUGAAUCCCUCUUUUACAUCUGGCAACCUGAUGGAUGACCUGGAUUUGAAGGUUGCCAGGAGAACAACAUAUUUCAGACCGCAUUGUGCAGAGUAUGAAAUUUGGUAGUGGAGUACUAAUAGUGUGGGGUUGUCUUACAAGCUUCAGGCUUGGCCCCUUAGUCCCACUAAGAGGAACUUUGAAUGCUUCAGGAUAACAAAAUAUUUUUUGGAUAAUUCCAUGCUCCCAACCUUAUUGGAAGAACAUGACCGUCCACCACUGCACAAAGCAGAAUCCUGACCUGAACUCGAUAGAACACCUUUGGGAGAGCCAGGCCUUCUGGUGAAACAUCAGUGUGUGACCUCUCUAAUUAUACUUUUGGAAAAAUGUUCAAUAACACUACACUGCUCAAUCUUGUGGACAGCCUAACCAGAUAAGUUGAAGCUGUGAUAGCUGCAACAGGUGGACCGACAACAUGUUGACCGUUUGGGUUAGGAACUGGGAUGGCACUUAAUUUUAUGUGUGACUCAAGGCAGGUUAGUGAGUACUUUUGGCAAUAUAGUGUACCUGCACACACUUACACUCACUCACUCACUCAAAAUAAAAAUAAAAAAUCCCCACCCCCAAUACACUACCCAUCACCCUAAAACCAAUUAAACCCAUUCCCAACUCCCCAAAUUAA